AGAAACCCCAAAGUAUAAAAACAUUAUGUCGCUGUUCUAGUGUAAGAGGGGACGAAACAAAUAUUGUGGUUGCGUGCGUAGACUAUAUAUAGAAGGAUAUGGUAAGCUACUUUCAGCACACAGCAGCGGCAGCAGCAGCAGCUAGCUCUGAUGGCUUCCCAGCUCUUCUCCCUCGGUGCAUCUACAGUGAUAUGCUUAGUUUCAGCUCUUGCCAUAGCCCUAUUGGUGACCGCCCUCUACAUUCUCGGCGUUGUUGCAUCCUUUGCCGUCUUCUGCAUUAGAGAGUUCGCCCAGAGAGCACAGGACCGGCCACCGCUCAUCGGGACCGUGUUCCGCCAGCUCAAAAACUUCGACAGGAUCUUUGACGAGCAUGUGAAGUAUGCGCUUCAGCACCCCACCACCAGGCUAGUCUACCCCGGACACAGUGAGAUCUUAACAGCCGACCCUGCCGUCAUCGAGCAUGUCCUCAAGACAAACUUUAGUAACUACAGCAAGGGGGCCUUCAACACUGAAAUUGCGAAGGAUCUCUUUGGGAAUGGAAUUUUCGCAACAGAUGGGGAGAAGUGGCGACACCAGAGGAAGCUAGCAAGCCAUGAAUUCUCAACCAAAGUGCUACGUGAUUUCAGCAGUGAUGUUUUCAGAAUGAAUGCUGCAAAACUGUCAGAGAAGAUCUCGUGUGCAGCUGCUAAAAGAAUUACCAUAAACAUGCAGGAUCUUUUGAUGAGAACAACAAUGGAUUCAAUCUUUAAAGUGGGAUUUGGUUUCGAGCUUAAUACACUAUACGGAACAGAUGAAUCUAGCAUUGAAUUCAGUAAGGCAUUCGAUGAGGCAAAUUCCCUGGUUUACUAUCGGUAUGUUGAUCUGUUCUGGAAACUCAAAAGGUAUUUUAAUAUCGGGUCAGAAGCCAAACUCAAGAAGAGCAUUCAGAUAAUAGACAACUUUGUGAUACAUUUGAUCCAUCAAAAGAAAGAGAAAAUGAAGAAUGGAAGCGAUCAUAAAGCCAGAGAGGACAUACUAUCAAGAUUCAUACAAGAAAGUGAGAAGGACCCUCAGACAAUGAACGAUCGUUAUCUGCGUGACAUAGUCCUCAGCUUCCUGAUUGCUGGGAAAGACACAACAGGAGAUACCCUUUCAUGGUUCUUCUACAUGCUCUGCAAGAACCCAGUGGUGCAGGAUAAGAUUGCCUUUGAAAUCAGGGAAUCUGUUGAGUGGGUGCAAGAAGAUAACAACAUGGAAAUGUUCACUGCAAGAUUGAAACAAGGUGCCAUUGACAAAAUGCACUACCUCCAUGCUGCGAUUACUGAGACUCUCCGGCUGUAUCCUGGUGUUCCAGUGGAUGGUAAGAUGGCAGAUGAAGAUGAUGUACUACCUAACGGCUAUAGAGUAAUGAAAGGAGAUGGAAUGAACUACAUGAUUUAUGCCAUGGGGAGAAUGAAAUACCUUUGGGGGGAGGAUGCCGAAGAAUUCAGACCUGAAAGAUGGCUUGUGAAUGCAGUCUUCCAGCAUGAGAGCCCUUACAAGUUUGUAGCUUUCAAUGCCGGACCACGUAUCUGCUUGGGGAAAGAAUUUGCAUACAGGCAGAUGAAAAUUGUGGCUGCUUCUCUCUUACAUUUCUUCAGGUUCAGACUGGAAGAUGAAUCCAAGGGUCCAACAUACAAACCAAUGUUUACUCUCCACAUGGAUAAAGGCCUCCAUCUAUUUGCGUGCCCCCGUAAAGUUUCAGCUUGAACAUCCAAGCAAGCUACUAGAUCCUGUGUUGCUGCACUGAAAUAUGUACAUUAUAAAUAAAUAAAACAGCUACUCUUCUUGAAACGUUGUAAAAAAACUACUGUCACAGGUAGAAAAUUAACUUUGAAUUUACAUUCAGGUUAGUCA